GCGGCGGCGCGCGCGCGGGGACCAUGGGGGCCGUGCUGAGGAGCCUGCUGGCCUGCAGCCUCUGCGCGCUCCUGCGAGCGGCCCCUUUGCUGCUCUACGCAAACAGACGGGACUUGCGGUUGGUUGAUGCCACAAAUGGCAAGGAGAACGCCACAGUUGUAGUUGGAGGCUUGGAGGAUGCGGCUGCAGUGGACUUUGUGUUUGGCCAUGGCUUGAUAUACUGGAGUGAUGUCAGCGAGGAAGCCAUCAAGCGAACAGAACUGAACAAAACGGAGAGUGUACAGAACGUUGUUGUUUCCGGAUUACUGUCUCCUGAUGGGCUGGCAUGUGAUUGGCUUGGGGAAAAAUUAUACUGGACGGAUUCUGAAACUAACCGGAUUGAAGUUUCUAACUUAGAUGGAUCUUUACGAAAAGUUUUAUUUUGGCAAGAGUUGGAUCAACCCAGAGCUAUUGCCUUAGACCCUUCAAGCGGGUUCAUGUACUGGACAGACUGGGGAGAAGUGCCAAAGAUAGAGCGUGCUGGAAUGGAUGGUUCAAGUCGUCUCAUUAUCAUAAACACUGAAAUUUACUGGCCAAAUGGACUGACUUUGGAUUAUGAGGAAAGAAAGCUUUAUUGGGCAGAUGCAAAACUUAAUUUCAUUCAUAAAUCAAACCUGGAUGGAACAAAUCGGCAGGCAGUGGUUAAAGGUUCCCUUCCACAUCCUUUUGCCUUGACGUUAUUUGAGGACACAUUGUACUGGACUGACUGGAAUACACACUCCAUUUUGGCUUGCAACAAGAAUACUGGCGAGGGUUUGCGUGAAAUCCAUUCUAACAUCUUCUCUCCCAUGGAUAUACAUGCCUUCAGCCAGCAGAGGCAGCCAAAGGCUACAAAUCCAUGUGGAAUUGAUAAUGGUGGUUGUUCCCACUUGUGUUUGAUGUCUCCACACAAGCCUUUUUAUCAGUGCGCUUGCCCAACCGGUGUCAAACUCCUGGAGAAUGGGAAAACCUGCAAAGAUGGUGCAACCGAACUAUUGCUUUUAGCCCGGAGGACAGACCUGAGGCGUAUUUCUUUGGACACACCAGAUUUUACUGACAUUGUUCUUCAGUUAGAAGACAUCCGUCAUGCCAUCGCCAUCGACUAUGACCCCGUAGACGGCUACAUCUACUGGACUGACGACGAAGUGAGGGCCAUACGCCGCUCCUUCGUAGACGGUUCUGGGAGUCAGUUUGUGGUCACCGCUCAGAUAGCCCAUCCAGAUGGCAUUGCUGUUGACUGGGUGGCACGAAAUCUGUACUGGACCGACACUGGCACCGACCGGAUCGAAGUGACGAGACUCAACGGAACCAUGAGGAAGAUCUUGAUCUCAGAGGACUUAGAGGAACCCCGGGCCAUUGUUUUAGAUCCCAUGGUUGGGUACAUGUAUUGGACUGACUGGGGAGAAAUCCCGAAAAUUGAGCGCGCAGCUCUGGAUGGUUCUGACAGAGUAGUAUUGGUUAAUACUUCUCUUGGUUGGCCCAACGGUUUAGCCUUGGAUUAUGAUGAAGGCACAAUAUACUGGGGAGAUGCCAAAACAGACAAAAUUGAGGUUAUGAACACUGAUGGCACUGGAAGACGAGUACUGGUGGAAGACAAAAUUCCUCACAUAUUUGGGUUUACAUUGCUGGGCGACUAUGUUUACUGGACUGACUGGCAGAGGCGUAGCAUCGAAAGAGUGCACAAGCGAAGUGCAGAGCGGGAGACCAUCAUAGAUCAGUUGCCUGACUUAAUGGGGCUAAAGGCCACAAGCGUUCAUCGGAUCAUUGGUUCCAACCCUUGUGCUGAGGAAAAUGGAGGGUGUAGCCAUCUUUGUCUCUAUAGACCUCAGGGCCUUCGCUGUGCCUGCCCUAUUGGCUUUGAACUCAUCAGCGACAUGAAGACCUGCAUUGUCCCAGAGGCUUUUCUUUUGUUUUCGAGGAGAGCAGAUAUCAGACGAAUUUCUUUGGAAACAAAUAAUAAUAAUGUGGCCAUUCCACUCACUGGUGUCAAGGAAGCAUCUGCUUUGGAUUUUGAUGUGACAGACAACCGGAUUUAUUGGACUGAUAUAUCACUCAAGACCAUCAGCAGAGCCUUUAUGAAUGGCAGCGCGCUGGAGCAUGUGGUCGAGUUCGGCCUGGACUACCCAGAAGGCAUGGCGGUGGAUUGGCUCGGGAAGAAUUUGUACUGGGCAGACACGGGGACCAAUCGAAUUGAGGUGUCCAAGUUGGACGGGCAGCACCGACAAGUUCUGGUGUGGAAAGACCUGGACAGCCCCAGAGCUCUCGCCUUGGACCCUGCAGAAGGAUUUAUGUACUGGACCGAAUGGGGUGGAAAGCCUAAGAUAGACAGAGCUGCCAUGGAUGGAGGUGAACGGACCACCUUGGUUCCUAACGUGGGGCGAGCAAACGGCCUGACCAUUGAUUAUGCCAAGAGACGGCUUUAUUGGACAGACUUGGACACCAACUUAAUAGAGUCUUCAAAUAUGCUAGGCCUCAAUCGGGAAGUGAUAGCAGAUGACUUGCCUCAUCCUUUUGGCUUAACUCAGUACCAAGAUUACAUCUACUGGACGGACUGGAGCCGGCGCAGCAUUGAGCGUGCCAACAAGACCAGUGGCCAAAACCGCACCAUCAUCCAGGGCCAUUUGGACUAUGUGAUGGACAUCCUCGUCUUCCACUCCUCCCGGCAGGCGGGCUGGAAUGAGUGCGCCUCCAGCAACGGGCACUGCUCCCACCUUUGCCUGGCUGUGCCCGUGGGGGGGUUUGUUUGUGGGUGCCCUGCCCACUACUCCCUGAACGCUGACAACAGGACUUGUAGUGCUCCCACCACUUUCCUGCUCUUCAGUCAAAAGAGUGCCAUCAACCGCAUGGUGAUUGAUGAACAACAGAGUCCCGACAUCGUCCUCCCUAUCCACAGCCUUCGCAACGUCCGGGCCAUUGACUACGACCCACUGGGCAAACAGCUCUAUUGGAUCGACUCGCGACAGAACACUAUCCGGAAGGCACAAGAAGAUGGCGGCCAGGGCUUCACUGUGGUUGUGAGCUCAGUUUCCAGUCAGAACCUAGAAAUACAACCCUAUGACCUCAGCAUUGAUAUUUACAGCCGCUACAUCUACUGGACUUGUGAGGCUGCCAAUGUCAUCACCGUGACAAGGCUAGAUGGGAGGUCAAUUGGAGUGGUGCUGAAAGGCGAGCAAGACAGACCUCGAGCCAUCGUGGUGAACCCCGAGAAAGGGUACAUGUAUUUUACCAAUCUUCAGGAAAGAUCCCCCAAAAUCGAACGGGCUGCUUUGGAUGGAACGGAACGGGAGGUUCUCUUCUUCAGUGGCUUGAGUAAACCAGUGGCUUUGGCUCUCGAUAGCAGGCUGGGCAAGCUCUUUUGGGCUGAUUCAGAUCUCCGGAGAAUUGAAAGCAGCGAUCUCUCAGGUGCCAACAGGAUAGUGUUAGAAGACUCCAAUAUCUUGCAGCCUGUGGGACUGACCGUGUUUGAAAAUUGGCUCUAUUGGAUUGAUAAACAGCAGCAGAUGAUUGAAAAAAUUGACAUGACCGGUCGUGAGGGCAGAACCAAAGUCCAGGCUCGGAUUGCCCAGCUGACUGCCAUUCAUGCCGUAAAAGAGCUGAACCUUCAGGAGUACAGACAGCAUCCGUGUGCUCAGGAUAAUGGUGGCUGUUCACACAUCUGUCUUGUGAAAGGGGAUGGUACCACAAGGUGCUCUUGUCCCAUGCACCUGGUUCUGCUUCAGGAUGAGCUCUCGUGUGGAGAACCUCCCACAUGUUCUCCUCAGCACUUCACCUGCUUCACUGGGGAGAUCGACUGUAUCCCUGUGGCGUGGCGUUGUGACGGCUUCACUGAGUGCGAGGACCACAGUGAUGAGCUCAAUUGUCCUGUGUGCUCCGAGUCCCAGUUCCAGUGUGCCAGUGGGCAGUGUAUCGACGGUGCCCUGCGAUGUAACGGAGAUGCAAACUGCCAAGAUACAUCGGAUGAGAAGAACUGUGAAGUGCUCUGUCUUAUCGACCAGUUCCGGUGUGCCAAUGGUCAGUGCAUUGGAAAGCACAAGAAAUGUGAUCAUCACGUGGAUUGUGGCGACAAAUCUGACGAGCUAGAUUGUUAUCCAACAGAAGAGCCAGCCCCACAGGCCACCAACACGGUUGGUUCCGUCAUCGGAGUGAUUGUCACCAUUUUUGUGUCUGGAACCAUAUACUUCAUCUGCCAGAGGAUGCUGUGUCCACGCAUGAAGGGCGACGGGGAGACCAUGACCAACGACUACGUGGUGCACGGUCCGGCCUCGGUGCCGCUGGGCUACGUGCCGCACCCGAGCUCCCUGUCAGGAUCUCUUCCAGGAAUGUCUCGAGGAAAAUCAAUGAUCAGCUCCCUCAGCAUCAUGGGGGGAAGCAGCGGACCGCCCUACGACCGAGCGCACGUCACGGGGGCAUCGUCAAGCAGUUCUUCGAGCACCAAAGGCACUUACUUCCCCGCAAUUUUGAACCCUCCGCCAUCCCCUGCUACAGAGCGAUCACAUUACACCAUGGAGUUUGGUUAUUCUUCAAACAGUCCUUCAACUCACCGGUCAUACAGCUACAGGCCGUACAGCUACCGGCACUUCGCACCCCCCACCACGCCCUGCAGCACGGAUGUCUGCGACAGCGACUGCGCUCCCAGCCGCAGAGUGGCCUCCGUGGCCACAGCCAAGGGCUACACCAGUGACUUGAACUAUGACUCGGAGCCGGCGCCCCCGCCCCCCACCCCCCGAAGCCAGUACCUGUCAGCCGAGGAGAACUGUGAGAGCUGCCCGCCUUCUCCCUACACCGAGCGGAGCUACUCGCAUCAUCUCUACCCACCACCACCCUCGCCCUGCACCGACUCCUCCUGAGCGGGGCCUCCUCCGACCCCUCACCCGGAAGAUGUAAAGACCCUUCCGGUUGAGAUCUGGAGCGGGGGACGAGGAACGCCAUGUACAGUUAACUUUAUAAAGGGGUUAGGGAAUGCUGAAGAUAUUUGUACAGAAGAAAAGGAUAUUUAUAUAUUUUCUUAAAACAGCACAUUUGCUGCUUGUGCCAUAAAAGUUUGUACAAAAAAAUAAAUUUGUACUAAAAGUUUUAUUUUUGCAAACUAAAUACACAAAGCAUGCCUUAAACCCAGUGAAAUGACAGAGUACAGAGGAAGCAGGGCUAGUAAUGGCACCACUGGCCAGGAAUGUCUGGGCCACAUUGAUACCAAAAAGAAAGAAAGAAGAAAUUAAGUCCACCCAGAGAUACUCGGGAAUAACCUGAUAGCCUCCCGUUGACGAACAAUUGAGGGCCAGCAAGAAAUCACAAAAGGAAAAACAAAACACAGGAAUUACUGUUAAUCUUGGACAAAGGGCUUCAUUUUCUCCGUGACUCCCAACAGUGUGAGGAAGGAAAGUAGGUACUUUACAGUGAUUUGUUCUGGGCUUUGCUAUGGCGGGAGAGAUCGUUGUCAGAAGAUUUGCGGGGCCGUGCGCUGGUCCUACUUGGCAGCCUGAGUCCUGUCCAGGUGGGUCUCCCCCCAACCCCCGCCCACCCCAGCAGCUCAAAGCAGAUUGACUAGCCCCACUUGCCACUGGGCUUAGCCCUUCCGUUUGCUGUUUUUGCAUAGUGAUCAAAAGUUAGCCAUAUUAUUGAUCUUCAGUACUUCCAGAAUUGUUUUCACGCUUAUUAGAAUAUCUACAGCAUACGCAGAGAGUGUUUUAGAAUUACAGACCUAAGCAUUACAUGUUCUCUCGUAGAUCAAUCCUAUAGCAUAUGGUAUCACAAUAUGAAAUCGUCUUUGCGUAUGAAUUUUGAGUAAAACACUUGACAUAUGUGUUCUGGUUAGAGACAAUCUAUUUAAAAAAAAAAAAAAGAAUUUCUUGUUAUCACUAGGUUUUUCCCCUAUAUUGAUUGUGAUGUUUUCAUGUUCUUCACAUUUUUUUUUUCCUUCAGAAUGACGUGUACGUACAUACCUCCUCUAACGUGUGACCUGAGUUUUCUGUUACCCACUGUGAAUGUCAGGUUGGUUCGAUUAUCCUUCCAGUCCCCUCGUGUGUUUUCACAUGUCCUCUCUCUUAGCCUUUGUGACUUAAGACAGCAUGAGUGUAGGGAGUGGAGGAAGCUGGCGAGAACCUCUCAGCUCUCGGAAGGGGGAGGGGUCCACCUGUCCUCCUGACCCUUCUCUGCCGCAACCUGAAUGUUUUUAAUCCGGUUUACUUUUGCUUUAAGACAUCGUGUUCAGUUAUUGACUUGUUGUCCUCCUAAUUCUGUCCUGACGAGGCCUCUCUGGGCAUGAGGGCCUGGGGGUAAACAUCCACAAAUGGGAAGUUUGGGCCACAGUGAAGGAGUUGGAGCCGUUUACAAGAUUCAGGUGCACUUGCUUUCCACCCGUGAGUGAAUGGUACCCGUCGGCGUCUUGAGUUUCACUCUGACAAGCAGGAAGUCUUCCUCUUGUUGGAACAAAGUGUCCCAGGCUAAACAAGAUCGACACGGCACUUGGCGCCUGUGACAGUGUGACACGUGACAAGACGGAAGGUUAGCAGUCACUGGGUACCACUUAGGAUGUGAGAUUUCUGUAUGUUUACAUUUGGACGCACAUCUUUAUCUGGUGGACUUCCCCCGUGAGGACUUGCACUGUAGUGAAAUAAGAAUAAGAACUGCCUUGUUUUGUCUCAGCCCAAGUACUUGUGCUCUAAUGGCAAAGUACUCUUCAUGGUGGGGGAGGGCUUGGGGUGGCGCGGCUCAGCUCAGUACCCCUCUCUCUGCUGUGCUGAGUGGCAUUCUUUCAUGGCUCUAGAGAGAGGAGCUCUCAGAUUUGGGAAGGACCAGUUGACCCUCAGGCUGGGUGGACUGUUAAGCUUAAGGAGGGGAUAAAAGGUGUCCACAAAAUUGUAGUCUGUAUUUGGCAUUUGCUUUGUAUGCUGGUGGCAUCUCUUCUGCAGAAGAUUCCAAAGCUGUUUCUAUUUUAUUGUAAAAAAUACCCAGUGGUUUACCAACAGGUGCUGGGGGAUUUGUUCAUGGGUUUGAGGAAGAUUAUUUUAAAGACACAAUGGGAAUUUAGGAAUGAAGACUUUAAAGUGUGUUUUCACCUAAUGUAGGCAGGCUAAUUAAGUGCAAAAGCAGUUUUAAAAAAUUUCGUGCCAGUCAGUCC